AUGUACGGCUUCAAAUACCUCCCCCUUCUCUGUUCGCUCGUCACUGCACAACUCCAGCCUCGCUGGGUUCACUUUGACAGCGACGGUAUCUCCAUCGCAGCGCACCUCUACGUUCCACCCAACAAUUCUACCUCGAAUGCGUCCCGUCCCGCGAUUGUUGUCGGCCAUCCACACGGAGGCGUCAAAGAACAGACAUCUGGCCUAUAUGCUCGUCAGAUUGCCGAGCGGACUGGGUUUGUGACGCUUGCCUUCGACGCUGCCUACCAGGGCGAAAGCGGCGGUCUCCCGCGAUACCUUGAAGACCCUUACCAACGCGCCAACGACGUGCGGAAUGCAGUGACCUACCUUGCAACGUUGGACAUUGUCAACGCCACCCGCAUCGGCGCCCUAGGAGUCUGUGCCUCUGGGGGAUAUGUACCCUUCGCAGCGCAGACCGAUGAGCGCAUCCGAGCCGUCGCCACCGUCAGCGGCAUCGACCUGGGCACCCUCUACUCCGAGGGAUUCGGCACCUACGAUGGUCCCAUGGAAUCUGGCCUGCGAGAGGAGCUGGCCGAAGCCGGGCGACAGCGGAUCCGCGAAGCAGAAGGGGCGCAGCCCAAUCUGACACGCAUCUUCCCCCAAACAGCGGCCGACGUCACCCCCGAUCUCCCUGUUUUCUACCAGGAGUCGUACGACUACUACCAGACUCCCCGAGGCCAUGUGGAUACCGCCCCUAACUGGCAUCUCUGGCGCAGCAUUGACCUGAUUGCGUCGUACAGGUCCUACGCCUUCAUGGACUUGAUCUCGCCUCGGCCUCUCCUGAUGAUUGCUGGGUCUGACGCCGAUACGCUUUAUUUCACCCAGGCUGCAAUUGAUCUGGCCCAAGAGCCGAAGGAGAUGUACGUUAUUCCGGGGCUGACACACAUCGAUCUGUAUGAUCAUACGAACCAGAGCACCCCGAAGCUGGUGGAGUUCUUCAGGGCCAAUCUGUGA